GCCAGCGUAGCUCUUUGUCUCUCUUAUUUCUUUCUCUCGGCGUACGUCGUCGGUACCCAUAUAUAUAUGGAGUUCAGGUAGACGUCAGAGCUCGGAGAGUUCCCUUCCUCGGAUCACCGUGGAUCAAUCCUCUGCCCUUGUCGAGUGCUGCGCAGUCGCCGUCGCCGUCGUUUCCUCUCGCGCUCGCUGACAUCUAUCUGGUCUGGCGGCGGCCUUCGACGUCGAACCAUGCAGAGCCUCUUUGGUCGCAGCAGCAGGAACCAGAGGACAUUCAGGCCCAAGAAGAGUGCUCCGGCGAGGGACAAGGGCAUGAAGCUGAAGAGGCACAUCGACGCGACCCUCGGCAGCGGUAACCUGCGAGAGGUGGUCCGCCUGCCUGUCGGAGAGGAUCUCAACGAGUGGCUCGCUGUCAACACUGUCGACUUCUUCAACCAAGUGAGCCUCCUGUAUGGCACCCUCAUGGAGUUCUGCACGCCAGCUACCUGCCCCACCAUGUCAGCCGGUCCAAAGUAUGAGUACAGGUGGGCUGAUGGAGUCAAGAUCAAGAGGCCUAUUGAAGUAUCUGCACCGAAGUAUGUCGAGUACCUGAUGGACUGGAUCGAAGCCCAGCUCGACGAAGAAUCCAUCUUCCCUCAAAAGCUUGGGGCUCCCUUCCCUCCAAACUUCCGGGACGUCGCCAAGACCAUCUUCAAGCGUCUGUUCAGGGUGUAUGCUCACAUAUACCACUCGCAUUUCCAGAUGAUUCUUAAGCUCCAGGAAGAAGCACAUCUCAACACCUGCUUCAAGCACUUCGUGCUCUUCACAUCGGAGUUUCAGUUAAUCGAUAGGGCGGAGCUGGCUCCUCUGAGCGAACUGAUCGAGCCCAUAUGGCGUGGACACUAGCCGAGAGAAAUAACUGGCGCUUUCUCCAACAAGAACUGAUGAGGCAACAAUGCAGAGACAUCAUGUUUGUUGCUUUUUUAGCUAGUUUCCCCACCUUGUGCAUGCGCACCUUCAUCUAUAUUUUCGUGAUGAUGUUGGACUUGGAUGCAUUACCUUCAUCUACAUUUUGGAAAUAGGUUAGCUAGUGCUCGCGCAUGUGCAUCGUCGCAGUUUGUUCGUUUCAUCAACAGAUUAUUAUCAGUUCAUCCCGGA